AUGAAGCUUUCUAUCGUUCUCCUUGCAGCAGGACUGCAAACACUGGCUCGCGCCUCCGAUCCCCGCGACGAAUCUGCGCAUGAUAUUAAGAAGCGCCAGAGCGAAUGGGAUCCUCCUGCUGAGAUGGCCUCGGCGCUGCAGGAAGUCUGGGAUCAUCAAAUGAAGACGUACAACAACGGCGAUCUGCUGGGUUUCAAGAACUACGGCUUCGAUAUUAUAAUUGCCGCUAAAGGCACGAUCAACUACUGCGUUCGCUGGGACUCGGACGCCACCUUGUCUGCGGACCAGCGCGCCGAGAUCCUCAGCUCUUUGCAGAGGAACGCGGCGAAGUGGACCGAUGGGCUCACCGGCUUUAUGGGCUGGCCAUACUCCUCUGUCCCCAUCAAAAUCACCGGCUGGGCCGCUAAGAACGCCGACCAGUUCACAGACGCUGCUUCUGAGACGAUUUACACAAACAUCGAUAAGGGAGGCGCCCCCGAGUGUGACCCCGGCUGCGGUCGCUACUUCAAUCGAGAAGACACCGGCUACCCAACCUGCGCCGGAGGACCCGAAGCGCGCUACGACAUGUCUCUCUGGCUUACCUCAGAGAUGGACAAUGGUAUCGGUGGUGCCGGCGGCGACUGGGGCCAGCGCGUCGGGGCCGAUUACUUCCUCAAGACACCCUCGCCACACAUCUGGCUCCACGAAUUCGGCCACACCAUGGGCCUGGACGACUUCUACGACUUCCAGCCGACCGGGCAGAAAGCUUUCAUCAUGUUGGCAGGUAGCACGCAAGAAGUCACCGAGUUUGAUAUAUGGAUGAUGCGCGACUUCUGGAGACAUAUCAAAGCUGAACGCUACCCCGACCUACAGGCUACUGAUAAUAAGACGCAAGAAAAAAAUAGUCCAACUUCGACGACAGAGAACCCUACUACUCAGCCACAGGAUCCUAAUAUCCCGCCACAGUAUAAAUCCACAGAUAAUCCUACUGCGCCGCCACAAGAACUUACUGGCGGAACGCCAGAAAACCCCGGCGAGAAAACAGGCGGGUUAAACGGCGGGUCAACCGGGGACAAAACAGGCGGGUAUACCGGCGGGUUGACCGGCGGGGAAACCGGCGAGAAAACAGGCGGGAAAACCGGCGAGAAAACAGGCGGGAAAACCGGCGAGAAAACCGGCGGAGGACUCGGCGGAGGAUUUGGCCAAGGAUAUGGUCAAGGCGGGAAAACCGGCGAGAAAACAGGCGGGGGAUUCGGCGGUGGCGAUGGUUCGAUGUGGCAGCAGUGCGGCGGACCGGGGUUCACAGGCUCUACGACGUGCCCGACGCCGUACAAAUUACCAAAGCAAAGGACCAAGUUCUUUGUAGUGUCACCAACGGGCUAG